AAAAUACGCGGAAGUGACAGUCGGGAAGCGGUCUGCCUGUCGGGGAGGGAGUCUGCAGAAUUUGACUGAAAGAGCUUAAUCCAAUCCGAUAAAACCAACCGUCUCCCUCUUUUUCUUCACCUCGGCGUCCGCCGCGAUGAUUCUGUUAGAAAUUAAUAACCGCAUUAUCGAAGAGACGCUGACAUUGAAGUUCGACAGUGCAUCCAACGGAACAAAGCCAGAGGCUGUCGAUGUCACAUUUGCAGAUUUUGAUGGGGUGCUGUACCACAUCUCCAACCCAAAUGGAGACAAGAGCAAAGUGAUGGUCAGCAUUUCACUGAAGUUCUACAAGGAGCUGCAGGAGCACGGUGCUGAUGAGCUUUUGAAGAAGGUCUAUGGGAAUUUCCUGGUUUCACCAGAAGCUGGCUAUAAUGUGUCCCUCCUCUACAACCUGGAUGCACUUCCAGCCCAAAAAGAUGAGGUCAUCCACCAGGCGGGAAUGCUCAAGAGAAAUUGCUUUGCCUCUGUUUUUGAAAAAUACUUCAAGUUUCAAGAAGAGGGCAAAGAUGGCGAGAAGACGGCUGUGGUCCCUUACAGAGAUGAUGAAACCAUGUAUGUGGAGGCCAAGAAAGACAGAGUAACGGUGGUGUUCAGUACUGUGUUCAAAGACGAUGAUGAUGUUGUCAUCGGCAAAGUCUUUAUGCAGGAGUUCAAAGAAGGUCGGCGAGCCAGCCACACAGCGCCUCAAGUGUUGUUCAGCCACAGGGAGCCGCCCCUGGAGCUGAAGGACACAGACGCUGCCGUCGGUGACAACAUUGGAUACAUCACCUUUGUCCUUUUUCCUCGUCACACCAAUGCCAAUGCCAGAGACAAUACAAUCAACCUCAUCCACACCUUCAGGGACUACCUGCACUACCACAUAAAGUGCUCCAAGGCCUACAUUCACACACGUAUGAGGGCCAAGACAUCAGAUUUCCUUAAGGUGCUGAACCGUGCUCGGCCUGACGCUGAGAAGAAGGAGAUGAAGACAAUGUCUGGGAAGACAUUUUCCCGCUGAGGCCGACUCGUCCACCAGGGGAAUUCAACUCGCAGCACACUGAGACACCACAUUGAACAGGACUUCAGGACGCCUCUCAGGCCCUGCCUAGCUCCAAAGUAUUUUUUUUGUUUUUUUUUUUUUCCUUCUUUUUAAACAAAAAAUAAUGUUUGCUGUACUUGGGCAAAGCCCAGGCUUAAGAUAAUGGAAAAA